AUGUCGGUAACACCUAGUAAUUUCCCAUUGAAUGGGACAAGCCUCUUUACUGAAAAUCUUGGCAUUAUGGAUAUAACCAAUGGACAGAGAACUUUGAAUAUCUUUCUUUUUUGCUUGACGUUUAUAAUUACGCUCACUACCCUGCUGGGCAGCAUUUAUUCACUAGUUUCCUUACUGAAAAUUCAAAACAAAACCACACUUUCAAUGAUUGUGACUUCCUUGUCUGUGGAUGAUUUGAUAAGCGUGGUGCCAGUGACUAUCUUUAUGCUCAUGCAGUGGUCAAGCGAGGCGCUCCCCCAGACUCUGUGCACCACAUCAGCGCUGCUUUAUUUAUUUCAGGGCAUUUCUAGCAAUCUGAAAGGUACUCUUAUAGUUUCUUACAACUUCUACACAAUCAACAAAACUGUGAUGUGGAGUCAGCGGACCUCCAAACAGCCAGUGAGCAUGAUAUGGGCCAUUCUCACUAUCUGGAUUGUCAGCUUGCUGGUGUGCAUUUUGCCUCUCUGUGGUUGGGGCACCUAUGUCCCCACCUCUUGGGGUUGCCUCACAGACUGCACCAGUUCCUAUGUCCUGUUUUUAUUCAUUGUCUACUCGCUGUGCUUCUGCCUCCUCACCGUGCUUUCUGUCCCUCUAACUUACCAACUGUUGUGCUCAGAUGAGCAACAGCGUCUUUAUGUCGAUUACCAGGAAAUCACCCGAGGCUAUUUCACCACUGGGACGCCCCCAGUCUGUAGCACCGCCCUAUCCCUUUCUCCGGAGGACCCUGUGGAUAAAACCCUGAAGCAUUUCCGAAACGCCUGCCCCAGCUCGGAGAUAGUAUUCAGGCAAAGCCCAGCUGAGAGCUGUGGGCUGGACUCCCAUUGCCCAAACAGUGUGCAGAGCAGGAGCUACACUGUGGAGUUUGCUCAGAAACGAUUCUCGCUGAUUCUUGCGUUGACAAAAGUCAUUCUCUGGCUUCCAACAAUGAUACAGAUGGCUGUCCAGCACAUAGUUGGUUUUCAAAGCCUUUCCUUUGAGACAUUCAGUUUUCUGCUGACUUUACUAGCUGCCACGGUCACCCCUGUGUUUGUUUUGUCAGAACGCUGGAUCCACCUGCCCUGUGGCUGCAUCAUUAACUGCAGGAGGAAUGCAUAUGCCAUUUCUUCCAAAGAAAGGAAAACAAAAAGGAGGGGUUUUGAAUUCAACCUAUCAUUCCAACAAGGUUAUGGAAUCUACAAGAUAUCCCACGAAAACCACCACCAUGAUGACGAUGGUGAUGAUAACUCUAUAUCAUAUCACAACCUGAUGAACUAUGACUGUGAAAACACACAAGAAUCUCAGAAAGAUAGCAACAAAAUCCUUAAAUCUGCCAAAAUUGAGUUCAGCACCAUACCCAUAGAGGAUAGCUCCAUGUUUAAAGAUUUCAACCAGGGCAAAAGUAUGGAGACUAAACAAGAACUUGGCAAGGACAAAAGCAUGGACUGUCUUCUUUCUGACAAACUAGGAGCCUUUAAAAGAGAGGAGGUCAGAAACUUUGACAAAUCAACAUUUUUUGAAGCGCAGGAAAGAAGGCUGUCUCACGAGGAGAGCCGUAAACCAGAACUCUCAGAUUGGGAGUGGUGCAGGAGCAAAUCUGAAAGGACUCCUCGUCAGCGCUCAGGUGGGGCCUUAGCUAUUCCUUUAUGUGCAUUUCAAGGGACUGUAUCUCUCCAUGCACCCACGGGAAAAACACUCUCUUUAUCUACCUACGAGGUAAGCACUGAAGGGCAAAAAAUAACACCCACAUCAAAGAAAAUUGAAGUGUAUCGAUCAAAGAGUGUUGGUCAUGAGCCAAACCCUGAGGAUUCUCCGACUACAUUUGCAGACACAAAUGUUAAAAUUCAUUUAGAAGUUCUUGAAAUUUGCGACAAUGAAGAGGCCAUGGAUACUGUAUCAAUCAUCAGUAAUAUCAGCCAGUCCUCUACCCAGGUCAGAUCCCCGUCCUUGCGUUAUUCACGGAAAGAAAACAGGUUUGUUUCAUGCGAUUUAGGAGAAACUGCUUCCUACUCUCUCUUUAUACCAUCAAACAAUCCUGACAGCGAUAUUAACAUAUCAAUUCCAGAUACUGUAGAAGCUCAUAGGCGGAAUAGUAAAAAGCAGCAUAUGGAGAGAGAUGGUUAUCAGGAAGAAAUACAAUUGUUAAAUAAAGCAUACAGAAAAAGGGAAGAAGAUGGCAAAAGCAAUUAAAAGACACUUAGAGUAGAAAAUCUGAUUUGACUGACACUCCUCCUCUGAUUCAAUUGAUCUAUCAAACACAAUGACUUUUCUCUUCUGUAACAUGUAGUUUUAUUUUGUUUGGCUAUACCAGUGGUUCUCAACAUGCGAUCCAUGGGCCGCUUGCAGCCAAAUCAACACACAGUUGCGGCACAUGUGACAUCCUCAGGGCCAUACAGGUGCAUUGUGUGGAUGCGGCCCACAUAACGAGGAGCUGCGUACAUGGCCCACAAUGGUAAUUAGGUUGAGAACCAUUGGACUAUACCAAUAAGAGGAUUUUUAAAAAUGUAUGGAUGGGAAAACAUCAAAUAGUUAAUUGCUUUUAUAAUAUUG